AUGAUUCCCUCCGUGAUCGAAACUCGCCCUGGCGAGGAAAAGCAGGAUGACAUGGCCAACGAACUUCCGCAAUCGGCCAGCAAACGCCGAGCUAGGCAAGCUGGAUCUGCUGGAUUGUCUGAGUUGUCGAAGCAACUUCGUAUCUUCCAAGCCAAGAACGAAGCUCAGGCAGUUGAAAUCAGUCGACUGGAACGUCAGCUCCGAAUUCUUGCCGACCUUCAGGGAAUCAAUGUUGCUGACCUUCGCAAGGCCCUUGAGGAAGCUUGUCAAAACGAGGCUUUUGGAGAAAUGCAAAGUCGUGUGCAAAAGUUGAGAGCCGAACUCGAGGCCGCAAUGCUUGCCAAGGGUGGUGUCAUCCGAAAAGACAUGGCUGCUCCAGAGAUUGCAAACCUCCAACUUCGUGUUGGAGAGCUCGAGGAAGUUGAAGAGAAGCAAGAGGCGGAGAUUGCCCAUCUUUACGACCAGCUUCGUCACGAAAGAGCCCGGGCAACCCGUCUCGAAUCUGAGUGUGAUCAAUGGAAGAAGGAUACCAGCGGAUAUUCUGACCGUCUCAAGUCCGAAGCUGCCAAGGCAUCCCAACUGGAAAAGGAAUUCCAAGAUCAGCUACGCAAGAUGCAAGAGGAGUAUGCCAAGAAGAUGCAAGAGGGUCUCAUGUCUGUGCAAAGUGUUGCAAAAGAGGGUGGAACGGUCUCGGCCACGUAUGUGAGUCCGGAAAUGGCUGACGAGUACGAACGCCUUUUGAAAGCCAUGAAGGACAAGGACGAAGAACUUCGCAAGGCGCGCGAGGAGUUGAACGCAGAGCACGAGAAGAACCUUCAACUCAUGCGUGAACAGGAAAACGCAUCCAGAUUGAACAGCCUCAAUUCGCAAGUUGAAAAUGAAAACAGAGUCCUAGUUAUCAAGCAGCUACAAGAAGCCGAUAGUCAGAACGAGCUCCGAUUGGCACAAUACAAGGCUCGUUUCGCUGUUCAAGACGAGCGUAUCAACGACAUGGCCCAACAAUUGGAUUCUCUUUACACCGCCUUCGGCUUGUUGAAGGAAGAGGUUGAGUCCGAUAACUUGACUCGUGCUGCUCUUCGCAACCGUCUUGAUGAAGCUGACGCAGCAAUGGCUCGCCAAGUUGAAAACGAACAAAAGAAGACCCUCAAGAAGAAAUUGGCCAAGAUUAAUGCUCGUAACUCCACUAGUCCUGCUACAGGCGCUAGCACUCCCGAACGUCGCACGGAAUCUCCAGUGGCAAGAUCGCCCACUGCUGUCACUGAAUCAUUCAAUGAACCGAUCACUCCUACCGCACGACCAGUUGGAAGUCCCCAAGCACUGAAAUCAAGUCCCAGCGAUUCCCAAACCCACAGCACUUGGCAGCUAUUGGGAUUGCCUAAAAACAAUCAGUCCCGACUUGAUACUUAUGUCUCGGAGCAACCAGAUCAGAAUGGCGUCUUGAUUUCUGGAAUGCUCAUUGUCAAGAGCAAUAGUAUGGUUAAGAACAUGGGCCGCAAGUGGAAGGCAAAGAACUCCAAGAUUUACUUGAAUGGUGAUCACUUUCAAUGGGACCUCGGGGAAGGAAAGUCGUUUGCUCUUCAGUUUGGAGUUUCCGCCAUUGAAUACAAUCCCAACCAUCCCUUGUCGUUUGUGGUCAAAACCGACCCAUCGAGUCCUGGAUCUCCUGUCAUUCAAGCCGCUGCUUCUUCGGAAGAUGACUACAAGCAUUGGAUGAGUGCAUUGACCAAGGCGACUAGUGGAGAUGAGUACAAUCCCAUGAAUGAUCCUGCGCUGGGAACUGCGGAUGAUCGUGAUAUCGCAACCACAACUAGUAGUGCAACACCAACCAGUGCUAGCCCUGUUGCUAGCCCUGUCGACAUGACUCCAAACCGCGAAACUACCGAUUACGAACUUGCCAUGGAGCUUUCCAGGCAAGAGUUUGUCUAA